AUGCCAGCCGACUGUGACCUUAGAAACGGAGACGUGGUGAAGAUUGUCCAACCCCUGCCACGGGACCGUAUUUCUGGUAGAGAGUAUCGCCGCAUCCACAUCAGAGCUGGUGAAGCUGGAAUCGGGCUGUCGGGAGAGGGUGCACACCGAGAGCUGACUUGGAUUCCCCUAGCGCCUGCGGCCGUGCGAUGCGGCUUCUGCGUGUACUGUAUUGUUGCUGCUAUUGGUCACGUCAGCGGCGCACACAUCAACCCUGCAGUGAGUCUGGCACUCCUUAUUUCUAAGCAGUUCACCCCUCUGAAAGCGCUGAUAUAUGUCGUUGCCCAGUGUACCGGAGCAGUUUUGGGAGCAUGGCUGCCUGAAGCGUUCGUUCCACCCGGUCGUCAGAUCAGCGGCUACAUACGACAUCAUCAUGAAGUGACUCUGGCACAAGCUUUUGGAAUUGAAGUGUUUAACACAUUUGUCCUGGUCUUCGUUGCUCUGGGGUCUAUUGAUACCCAUUAUCACCCAUAUGACCCAUCCUGGGGACUGUCCAUCGGACUGUGGGUGACAGUAGCCAUCGUUACCGGGGCAGAUUUAUCUGGCACGAUGCUGAACCCGUGUAUAUCAUUUGGGCGUUCCUUCAUAGCUGGCCAAUGGGAGCAUAGUUGGCUGUACUGGGUCGGCCCUAUUGCUGGAGCCUGCCUAGCCACGUUUGUUUACCACUACAUAGUCAGACAGGGAGGAACACCAAUAGAGACAAAAGAAAAUGGCGUUUUGGGAGAAGACACUGGAUCAAAUAAAGAGCAUCAUCACGGAAACUGGGUUGCAGACGAGUUUAUCAGUCGACAUGUUAUUUUCCGUUUCAGCGUGCAGCAAGUGCAAGACUUUGCAUCACCAAUUGUCAUCAAGCACAUUGCUCACAAGUAA